GCGGCUGUGCGCAUGCGGGGCCUGGGGCCCUGGCCGAGGUGGCUGAGGCCCUGGGCUGUGUGGAAGGGGCUUCGCGUCCCCAAAGACCUGUGGAACCUGGAAGAGCCCGACUCACCAUAGCCUGGUCCUUCAAAGGUAGAUUUGAAAACCAACACACUUUCUCUUGGACUAAGAAAAAUUACCUGGAGGGGACAUCCUUCCUGGAGUCACCUCAUUCUGUGGGAGCUCCAAUUUCCAAAGGACACUGGAAGGUCACAAAAAUUCUGUCGCAUUUGCAAAGGUCUUUACUGUUAAGUGCCUUCUAGUUUAGACCAGCCUGCCUCUUUACAACAUAUGUUUGUAAAGGAGACAGCAGGAUUCAAGUUCAAAUCCUGGACUCGGCGCUCUCCUGACUGGGAGAUGGCAGGGGAUGGUCACAACCCUCCCGCCUUAUUUUCUCUUCCUCUGGAAGCAGACCCCAAGUGUGAGAGGUCCAUCAGGAGGUACAGGAAAUGCUCGCGGAGACAAAGUUGUGUUACCGAACUACAGCCGGGGGCACCUGCGCUUGCUGCCACUGGGGAACUCGGGGAAAUAGCCAUUCCACCCAUCAGUCAUUGUAUGGGCCAGUCCCCAGACCCAGACACUGGCACACGGAAGGACAGCAGGGAUGUGUUAAGGCCCAGGCAUGGAGGCACCAUGGGAAUCACUAUCUCUGUGUUGCAGUUUUCUCACCUGAAUGUCUCGGGUGGGAAUGGGGCACCCACCUUGCGGAGUUGAGUACCUGGGCCACGUGGAAGUGGAGGAGUCCCGCGGGAUGCACGUGUGUGAGGAUGCUGUGAAGAAGCUGAAGGCGAUGGGCCGGAAGUCCGUGAAGUCCGUUCUUUGGGUGUCAGCAGACGGACUCCGAGUGGUGGAUGACAAGACCAAGGACCUGCUGGUAGACCAGACCAUCGAAAAGGUCUCCUUUUGUGCUCCUGACCGCAACCUGGACAAGGCUUUCUCCUACAUCUGCCGUGACGGGACCACCCGCCGCUGGAUCUGCCACUGUUUUCUGGCGCUCAAGGACUCCGGUGAGAGGCUGAGCCACGCCGUGGGCUGUGCCUUUGCGGCCUGCCUGGAGCGGAAACAGCGGCGGGAGAAGGAAUGUGGGGUCACAGCUGCCUUCGACGCCAGCCGCACCAGCUUCGCCCGGGAGGGCUCCUUCCGCCUGUCUGGGGGCGGCCGGCCCGCCGAGCGAGAGGCCCCCGACAAAAAGAAAGCAGAGGCAGCAGCUGCCCCAACCGCAGCUCCUGGCCCUGCGCAGCCUGGGCACGUGUCCCCCACACCGGCCACCACGUCUCCCGGUGAGAAGGGCGAGGCGGGCACCCCCGUGACCGCAGGCACCACCGCAGCCGCCAUCCCCCGGCGCCACGCGCCCCUGGAGCAGCUGGUUCGCCAGGGCUCCUUCCGGGGCUUCCCGGCGCUCAGCCAGAAGAACUCGCCUUUCAAACGACAGCUGAGCCUCCGGCUGAACGAGCUGCCGUCCACGCUGCAGCGCCGCACCGACUUCCAGGCGACGGGCACAGUGCCUGAAAUGGAGCCUCCCGGGGCCAGUGACAGCGACAGCAUCAAUGCUCUGUGCACGCAGAUCAGCUCCUCUUUCGCCAGUGCUGGUGCACCCGGGCCACCGCCAGGCUCAGCAGGGACUUCGGCCUGGGGCGAGCCCUGUGUGCCCCCCGCAGCUGCCUUCCCGCCCGGGCACAAGCGGACCCCGUCGGAGGCUGAGAGGUGGCUGGAGGAGGUUUCCCAGGCGGCCAAAGCACAGCAGCCACCACCGGCCUCGGUGCCCACCGUGCCCCCUGCCCUGCAGCCCUUCGCCCCCCUAGGGCCUUUCGACACCACACCUGCCCAGGUGGCUGUGUUCCUGCCACCCCAACACAUGCAACCCCCUUUUGUGCCCGCCUACCCGGGUUUAGGCUACCCGCCCAUGCCCCGGGUGCCCGUGGUGGGCAUCACCCCCUCACAGAUGGUGGCCAACGCCUUCUGCUCAGCCGCCCAGCUCCAGCCCCAGCCUGCCACCCUGCUCGGUAAAGCCGGGGUCUUCCCACCUCCCGCCGCACCCAGCGCCCUGGGGGGCCAGGCCCACCCACGCCCCAGUGGAGCGCCCUGGCCCCCGGAGCCAGCACCAGCCCCGGCCCCCGAGUUGGACCCCUUUGAGGCCCAGUGGGCAGCACUAGAAGGCAAACCUGCUGUAGAGAAGCCAUCCAAUCCCUUCUCAGGCGACCUGCAGAAGACCUUCGAGAUCGAACUGUAGCCUGAGCUGCCCACCCCACCCCGUCAACUCCAGGUGCCCCACACCUAGGAGUGGAGGCCCAGCCUCUCCCCUCGUCCUGCUCCCUGGGGCUGUGCCCCCAUCAUCCCUGAACCCCUUCUCUGGACCACCCCCCACAACCACUACAGAACCAACAUUGUGAUGCCAGGUUGUGGCAGGAUGGAGUUCAGGGACAGCCCCAGCCUGGCUAAGGGACCCAUUUCACUGCCAGACUUGGGCUGGCCUUGCCCCCUUUCGUCCCAGCCUCGGGAUUGGCCACAGUUCCACUGAGUGCCCUCGGUUCCACCUCCAUUUCCCAGUUUCUGUUGUUGACCUUCCACCUUCCAGUGUUGGGUGGGAUGGAGGAGGGAUGCCCAUAUAGGGGCUCUCCUGGGCCCCAAGUCUGCUUGCAUCCCCCCCAUACACAGCACAAGCAAAGGGCUUCCCUCUGCCCAUCUGCUGCAUUCACUGCCAAUGCUGGGCUCGCCCCAUCACCCCUCCCCCCAGCUCGGGGGUCCACAUCUUUGGGCCAAGGUCUCAUGGGGGCAGGGGCCAAGUUGGGGUCCCAGGAGGUGGGGUCGGGGGAAGGGGAGGGAGAUGCUCAGUUACCUCACAUCGGUGCCCGCUGGGGAGGAGUCCGGGGAGAAGGGGGGUUGCCUGGCGGGUACUUUUCUAUCUUUUAUUUCCAGAUUUUUUUGUAUCUAAACUUACAGAUUUGUAUUAUACAAGGACAGCCAAUAAAGGAAGAAUAUAACGGCGCCCCUCGGGGGAAAACAGGGUGUGUAUCUGGGUGGGGGGCAGACGGUGUGGUGACACAGUCUUUCGUCCUGAGUCAUCGCCUAAAACAGGAGGGAGUGAAACGGGUCUCUGGGGAACAACCUCUGUCAUAAGGGUAGCAGCAAACGCUGACCCAGCCCUUGAGAGGUGGGUAUUAAAGAGUACUCAAAAUUCAUCACCCCACUUCUGAUUCUUACAGAUUUUGAACCAAGGAAUUUAAGAAAUUAUAAUCUGCUGCUAACAAGUUCAGUAUUAAAAUUUUAUAUAGUCUG